AUGUACAGUGGAACUCAAAACUCAACCGCCGAAGCCCGCCGGCUCAAGAAGCGAGAACUGGAUCGCAAGGCCCAGAGGUUGGCGCGUGAGAGGGCAAAGAGCCGCGUUGCUCAAUUGGAGAGCAUGGUCAACAACCUACGACAGGACCACUCAAAUGCACAGAUAGCCACCCUAAUGGACGAAUUAGGCAAGGUUACGAAGGAGAGAGACAAUUUACUACAGGUUCUCGACUCAUUAGGCUCAACAAUUCAUCGUCAUCUCGGUGACUCAACCGCAAGCGAACCUCGAUCAGAUACAAAAUCCAAUCCAUUACAACACGCAAGCCCUACACAAUCUACACCAGGCGAACGGGUAGUCCCAAUCAUUACCCCAAGAUCGACAUCAGAAACAAGCAGCUCAACAAUGUUAGAGCUCUCCAUAAACCCUCCCCAGCCCAAUCUCUUCACCUACGAUGGCUGGAACUACACCGUCAGCAACGAGCCACAUCCCACCACCAUGUUCUUCAACAACCCCAUUCCCCCACCGAUGGGAAACGGCUUCAUCCCCAUCCAGCCUCUCCUCCCCGACAUUCACACACCCCCUGAAGUAGUCGACGUCAUCAUCCCCAAAGCCUCCGUUCUCUGCCCCUGCUCGAGCCCCACGAGCCGCGGAGCCAACUUCCACGACGUCAAGCCCAAUAUCUGGCGCGCCAUCAACGAAGUCCUCGUCAAGCCCACAAAGCUAUCUGCCGUAGAUAUCGCUAUCGAGGAGUACAAUGCUGAGGAUAUGCCGGUGCGGGCAAUCUUGGAAGGCUGGGAUAGCGUUGAGAGGGCGGGGAAGAUGACGCCGACGUGGCGAAAGUUGCGCAAAGCUGAUGAGUUGUGUUUCAGCAAUUGUGCAAAUACAGAGCGUCUGGCGGCAAUGAGGAUAUGUCAUCUCCUCAUCAUGUACCAUGGUGAUCCAAUAUUAGAACGGCGCGCGACAUUACCGCGAUGGUAUUGGAAUAGACCCUCGCAAGCUCUACCUCACUCUUACUGCAUUGACUUUUUUGUCUGGCCCGGCUUCCGCGAACGCCUCAUCUUCUGCCAACACCAAUACUGCGCCAACUCAUUCUGGGAGCUCCUCCAAACCAAUCUCAAAAUCCUGUGGAGCGACAGCUUCCAAGACACGUUUUACCACAACGCGCACACAGGAAAGUACCAUAUAUCGCCUCCUUUCGAGCAGCGCAUUCGAGACAUCAACGCCUGGACGAUGUCAACAGAUUUCUUCACGCAUUUUCCUGAACUCAGCGAGGAUAUUCCAGUAUAUAUGGGAAUUCCAACAUCCUUUGUAGGGCUGCAUUCUACGACGGUUGUACCUUCAAAUAGACGGCGACUGCAGGAUGACGAGGAGAGUAAACACUAUAAAUAG